GAGAAGGUGAAACUAAUAACAGAUGAGCUGGCAGCUUCAUCAAACAAGAACCUCUUUAUUCAGACACUGACUUUAAUCAUUACAUCUUAUACUCACUCACAGUCAUGGCAUCCUCCAGUGGUCCACUAAAUGAGGAGCUCCAGUGCUCCAUCUGUCUGGAUGUGUUGACUGAUCCAGUCACCACUCCAUGUGGACACAACUUCUGCAGAACCUGCCUGAACAAGUGCUGGACAAACAUACAGACCUGCUUCUGUCCACUCUGUAAAGAAAACUUCAGCAGAAGACCUGAUCUCAAGAUUAAUACAGCACUCAGAGAGGUUGUGCAACACUUUAAGGAGAAGUUCAAUCUAGAAAAAUCUGAGCUGUUGUGUGACUUCUGUGAUGAAAGAAAGCAGAAAGCUGUGAAGUCCUGCCUGACGUGUCAAAGCUCUUACUGUGAGACUCACCUGGAGCCUCAUCUCAGAGUCCCACGUCUAAAGAAACACACACUGAUCAACGCUGUGGAAAAUCUAGAGGAUUAUAUAUGCCAGAAACACGAGAGACCUCUGAAGCUGUUCUGCAGAGAUGAUCAGACGUGUGUGUGUCUGUCCUGCACUGAAGGAGACCACAGGACUCACAACACUGUUCCUAUAGAGGAGGAGAGUCAAGAGAAGAAGAUUCAGCUGUUUCAGACACAGACAGACGUGCAGCAGAUGAUCCAGAACAGAAUGAAGAAGAUUGAAGAGAUCCAGCACUCAGUAGAGCUGAGAAAGAGGAACACAGAGGAAGAGAAAUCGUCCAUUGUUGAGCUCUUCACUGAUCUGAUCCGCUCCAUUGAGAGAUGUCAGUCUGAGCUGCUGAAGAUGAUGGAGGAACAGCAGAAAGCAGCAGAGAAACAGGCUGAAGAUCUCAUUAAAGAGCUGCAGCAGGAAAUCACUGAUCUGAAGAAGAGAAACACUGAGCUGGAGCAGAUCUCACACACUGACGAUCAUCUGCACAUCCUGCAGAUGCACUCAUCCCUAAACAGGCGUCCAGGCACCAAGAACUGGACUGAGAUCAGGAUUGACUCUGAUGUGAAUGUGUUCCCUCUGCAUAGAGCUCUGACUCAACUGAAGAAAACUCAGGAGGCUCUAAAUAAAAAACUCAGUCAAACUGGGUUGGGGUGUGUACAGAAGUAUGCAGUGGAUGUGACUCUGGAUCCUGCCACGGCUUAUCCAUAUCUCAUCCUGUCUGAUGAUGGAAAACAAGUCAGUGAUGGAGAUAUUGAGCAGGACGUCCCAGAAAACCCAAAGAGAUUUGAAGAUGUUUCAUGUGUUCUGGCAAAGGAGGGAUUCAGUUCAGGGAGAUUUUAUUAUGAGGUGCAGGUGAAGGGAAAGACUGAGUGGGAUUUAGGAGUGGCCAGAGAAUCCGUUCACAGGAAGAGGGACAUUAGUUCGAGCCCUGAGGAUGGUCUCUGGUCAAUGAUUUUGAUUAAUCAGAAUCAGUAUAUAGCUUGUGAUAAUCCAGCAGUCAUUUUCUCUCACACAAAGACACCUGAGAAGGUGGGAGUGUUUGUGGAUUAUGAGGAGGGUCUGGUCUCGUUUUAUGACGUGGGCUCCAGAUCUCAUAUCUACUCUUUUACUGGUCAGACUUUCACUGAUAAAUUCUAUCCAUAUUUUAGCCCAUGUGAUAAUGAUAAAGCUAAAAACUCAAACCCACUUAUAAUUUCACCUGUCAGUUGAGACAAAGUGAUUUUCCUGAAAUAUGAAACAUCUGAAAAUAUUAACUAUGCAUGUGCAGUUUUUUAAAGGAAAAGAAUAUGUAACUCAAAACCAAAAAAGGAAUUCACAUUCCAAAUUGAAAAUAUAUUUUCACAAUUAGUUUAUAUAACUUUAAAUUAAUGAGUCUAUGAGUCUAAGAACCAUGAUCAAUAUGGUUCUAUUGAAAAACAAACACAUUUGAUAAGAA